GACUAGUAUAUAGUAAUCUGUGGUGAAGCCAUAAAACAGCCAUACAAACAAAGCAUUUACACAGCAUUCGAGCCGUGUUCCGAUUGCUCAUUCGUUUUCGGUAUUUAUUGUAUGUGAAUAAUUUAUAAUUUUUGUAAAUAAAAUUGUGAAAUUAUUGAUAAUGGCGUUCGCAAAUUUUUCUAAGGCCGACGGUAACUGGCAGCCCCACUCACAACAACGGCACAACUUGGAAGCGGGCGCCGUGCGGUGGCUGUACACGAUGGCGUAUAAUCGCAUCAUGUCGCCACAACAUGUAGUUACGUCAUGUCCCUGCGGUCGUGAUUUAAAACAAAUAAGGAUAGAAACUACUGAAGUCGUUCAAAAAAAUAACUCGUUGACAGCAAAGGUCUCUGUCACAAACUACAAUAUACCGUUUGCUACCAAAACAAGCCGCGAAUACGUGAUCGGCGGCGUAGUGAGCUUUCAGAUAAAGGUCGUGACAGCCAUGGUCAGCAACGGACACACGAUGGUUUACAAUAACUUGAUAUUUGUACAGUUCCUCAAACGGCGACAGAACGAUGAACUCACCUAUUCGAUCAAGUUUGCAGCCCCAGAACUACACAUGCGGGACAAGCAAUUCACCAGUGACGACGGCAUGUGGCACUUGGUUCACGAGAACAAGCGCCAGCAGUAUACAUUCGAAGUAAGCGUACUGUUGGAGGUGAUGCCGCGCGUUAACUCGUUUGCGAUCUUGUAUGACGACGAGGAGUUGACAGAUUUUGAGCUGCGCGGGGUGGACGGGUCAGUACGCAUGCAUCGCGCCGUGAUGGCGGCUUCCAGCCCCGUGCUGAGACGUAUGCUUGGUGGCAUGUGGCGUGAAGCCACUGAGGGCUGCGUCGAUAUGCCCGGCACCACGCGCGCUACACUGCAGGACCUCAAGAACUACGUGUAUAUGCGCACACUGCCCGACUCAGGGCUGGAGGAGCUGUUGCUGCUCUCGUCUUACUACAUGAUGCCAGAGCUGGAGAAGCGGUGCGUAGACAAGAUCGUGCAAAACAUAACCGCGGGGAGCGCCUUCGAAGUGAUCGAAUUCGCGGCCAAGAAUAAGAUGACGCAGCUAAUGCUGGCGGUGCUGGACUGCGUACAGUCCGGCUCCAUCUGCGUCACCGAGAUGCGGGAUCACCUCCAGCAGCCUGAAUGAGCCCACGCUACUGCCAAGCUAUGGUUUACGCUUGGACAAAAACUACAAACACUACUCUUAACUCUUUCACUGUACCUACGUGGACGUACAGUGAAAUAUUAAAAAUUAAAAUAAGUUGAUUUAAAAAAAACAUGUAUCGUAUUACCCCAGAUUGUACAAAUGUGAAAUUUUGCUAUCAAAAACUAAGGAUAGCUAAUGAAAGUGAAUAUUUUUUAAUAUUGAAGAGUUGAAAUAAUUUAGUUUUGACUUAGAAAAUAAUUCAGUUUACAAUGAGGGGCACGCAUGUGAAGCUCCAUCAUGACCAAAUGAAACUUAAUAAUGAUAAUUAAACAAAAUUGAUUACAAUUUAAAAUUAGGAUAAUGGCAGCUAUAACGACGAUUAUCGUAGCGGAAAGUUUUAUAGCCUAUAGCCCUUUCCGAUAUAUGGACUAUGGACUAUUCAACAGCUUUAGUGUAGUUUAUCAUGUAUCAUUGUGUCUGUGUGUAUUGGUAUUGAGCUGAGGAAUACUGUUCUGUGAGUGUCUUUUCACAUGGUGCCAACGCACUAUGUACAAAUGUGUCAAAUAAAUGUAUGUGUAUGUACAAAAAAAUCCAAAGAGGUUCUGUCGUAACAUUAUCGAUUAAAUUCAUCUUUUUAAUAACAAUAAAUAGCAUCUAGAUCAGUUCUAAAGCAACCUACUUAUAUUGCUACUUCCUAUUCGAUGUAUGAAUAGUUCUUCAGUUUUAGCUCCAUGUACUGACCUAGUACGUAGGUAUAUCAGGGUGUAUAAGUGUUUGUACAAAAUGGCUACCAUGUCGAUCGUCUCCUUUACAGACGAAAUGUAGUAUCAGUAGGGUUUAUUUUGUAUUUUUAUUACCUUAGGGUUAUUAUCGUACUAUUUUUGUACUGUUUUAACUGACUGCAGGUAUUUCCAGUCAGUUAACGAUUAAAAAAGAAUUGUGUGUGUGUGUGUGUGUGUUUAUUAUGAUGUAAUGCUCAUUCUUUGUAGUUUUUAAGUUCAGUAAGUAUAAUAAAAUAUACGUUGAGAAGUCGAAACUCGUAAACGCGACGUUUGUUGAGAAUGACGAAUUUGGAACGGGAUCUCUACAAAUACGUAAUUUCAUUUUUGUUAAUCUAUUUCGACCGAAUCAAAGUUAGGAGUUCCGAGCUAGCUACGUCAUUUGGAAGUAUAACACGUAUCUAUCUAGAAGUGAAGUUGACGGGGGGAAACCUUCCAAAGGCGCCUAGCUUUUUGGGAAAAAAGACUAGGGAGUGUGAGAUUUUUACCUCACUGAAACCACCCCGGUGGCCACCUAUCGGCACGAAAACGAGGAUAGGUACUAUCCUCGUUUUUAUCUGUUAUUGUAUCUGUAUUCACCUUUCUCAACAAACGCCGCUUACCUACUUGUCUUCUCAAUCGUUGGUAUAUUUUAUUAUAAUAAGUAUAAUUAUGACUGAACCCCAAAUAUUACAUAAUUAUGUAAUCUUACUGUGGAAUUAAGACUGGUUUUAUAAAUUGACUGACAUUAUUUUUGAUUGUGAUAAUUAUUGUCUUUUGUAUUUUUGUAAUAUUAAAGUAAGCCAACCUGAA